AAGAUAAUUACCUUUCAGACUCAUCAGAAUCCUCGGAGUCUUUAAGUCCCUAUCAAGAUAAUUCUUUUCAGGCUCGCUCCCCGGAACCUAAAAAUAAUACUUUACCUCCAACUCCGGUUGUAUCUGAACCCUUUGAAGAGUUAAGGCAUUAUAUAUCUCGACUUAAAACCCAAUUGGGUUGCUCUUCGAAUAUUUUGAAAAAUUUAAAUUCUAUUUCUAAAAUAUCUUUAUAUUUAUCUAAUUCGGAUAAUCUCCUUCCAUUAGUUUAUUAUGACACAAUGACCUCUAGUAGCGAUGUCUCACCUGUUCUUAAUAAAACUUUACUUAAUAAUAGUAUUUAUAGCCCUUCUAAUAACCAACACCAUUUUUUAACCAAUACUAACCCUGUUAAGACUAAUAAGAUAGUAUCUCUAUUUAUUGCUAUUCCUAAUCUGCCAAAAACUCCUAAAUAUAAGUUUAAUGAAAACGAUUCAGAUACUGACGAAAUAAUUGAUGAAGUUCGAAGAUUAAAUAAAUUGAAAAAAGAAAAAUUUAGGUUUCCUUCGGCUAAGUGUUCAUAUGACUUAGCCGGAAAUGUUUAUUUUUAUGAAGAAAGAGUUAAACCAGAUCUUCAUGGUUAUAUCUCUAGUAAUUACAAAGAAGAAAAACUCAACCUUAUUAGUGAUAUCUUCGACUACUACUUCGGGGAAGAAUAA